AUGGCUGCUGUGUUCGUGCCGCCGUCUCCCCAGCCCUCCCUGAACAUGUCGACUCGCCGCCCGCUCGCCAACGUGCCGAAUGCUACCAAUUCCCCCCAUAGGGCUGGACUCGUGCCGGCCAAGCGAGCCCGAUCCGGCCAGAUCGAGAUUCCACAUGGUCAGCCUCCGCCAAAGAAACAGGUGAUGGAGGCUGUGGAGCAGGGUACUCGGUCUCCCUCGCGGAGUCGAUCGACGACAUACCAGGGUACCGAAUCGAAGUUGUUCGCGCGUCGGCCCAACAACAACAACCCGAGUGCUUUCGAGAAAAAGCUGGUGGCGGCACGAGAAAAAGAGCGUAACCCACAUCUGAAGGGCACGAAAACGGAGAAGCCCUCAGCUGAUACUCUGGACACAAUUCGCCAAUGGCAACGGCAUUAUCGCAAAGCGUUCCCCCAAUUCGUGUUCUACUUCGACAGUAUUCCUGAGGAUGUUCGUCGAAAGUUUUCUCGCCAGGUUGUCGCUCUUGGAGCUCGCGAGGAGAAAUUUUUCUCCCGUCUAGUUACUCACGUUGUUACCUCGCGUCCGAUUCCGCCGGAGACUGCCACUACCAGCCCGACCGAGGAGUCGACACCUGCCGCAGAUGGAGCCAAUGGUGAAACCAACAUGCAAACCGUGAAUCCUUCCUUGUUGGAAAAGAAUGCCGACUUCCACGUCUCGUUGAAGAAUGAUGCCCGUCGUGACCAAGGAACUAUGGAUAUUUUGCAACGAGCCCGGCAGAUGGGGAUGAAGAUUUGGGCCCUAGAAAAGCUGCAGCGGAUGAUCACUACGAUCAACGACAACGAUAUUGGUGGCCAGGGCGACAGUGCCUCUCGAAGCAAAGUCGGAGGCGGAAGCACUGCUCACGGUAGAGGAGAUAACGACCUUUCGCGUGUGCUCCGCCAUGAACUCCUGAACGGGCCCUCCGACCGAGACCCGUUCUCUUCGCUGGAAAUAGUGAUGUUCAAGGGCCCCUUCAUCUACAUUCACGACAUGAACGAGAAGACGAAGCCGGUUAUGGUCCGGGAGUACCCUCGAGUGGCCAGACGACAGGACGGAACAUGGCCACAAUUCAGAAGUGCGCCUCUGGGAAAGUGUCCCUUCAUUGACGAGCCGCCAAGUAGAAAGGAAUAUGACCGACAUCGUAUGCGUCAAACCCAAAAAGAGAAGAAAAUGGCGAUGACCAAAGUGGAUGAACCUUCCGGCAAACAACCCACAGCUUCAACUACUGAAGAAACCAUUGACACACAGCUGGUGACAGACUUGUCAAAGCCAAAGAAGCUUUCAGAAGACUUGAUACUCGGUAAACAGCCUGAGGUUCUCAAAAAGCCAUUGCUUGAAGAAAAUCAUGAACGCAAGAGCUCAGAAAGCUUCAUACCUCUGCAUUUCCCUCGGACUGGACCCUUCUACACUGGCCGGGAGCCCGCUGCAUCUGGAGUUCAGCCAUCCAAUGUCACAUCUGCUAUUCGUUCCCAGAUGAUCUCCUCUACCGCUGCUGGGCCAGGCGCAAAAGCAGGACUCAGCAAGGAACUUUACGGGCUCCAAAGAAAGGUCCUCGAAAAGGGCACUGGUACUAUUGUGACUGGAACAAUGGGUGCUCCUCAACGCCCUAGCACCGGAUCGGGAAGCCACCAUACACACUCUGCCAAAUCUAUUGCCAUUGAGAAGGAUGCCCCACCACAGGAUGUUGCCGGCACAAAACGCCGACGAGAUGAACAAGUGGACAGUCAGCAGAAAAAACCGGAGCGUCGAAGGGACCCGAAGCCUGGAUACUGUGAGAACUGCCGAGAUAAGUUUGAUGACUUUGAAGAGCACACAAUGACUAGAAAGCACCGCCGAUUUGCCCAGAAUACGUCUAACUGGGCUGAACUUGAUGCUCUGCUGUUUGAGAUCCAACGACCGCUCAAAGAGGAAUAUGAAUUUGACGAGUGA